GCACGACUUGUUGCUUCCUGGUUUUAGCAGUGGUAUGUCUAUUUUCUGUAAGUUGGGAGGAACGUGGUGGACUGCUGAGUCGAAGCAAGAUUUCCAGGAUCUAAACCCCAGACACCCAUCCAUUUCACCAUGUCAGCACUGAGUGGGAAGGUCCAGACGGUGUUGGGUCCAAUAGAACCCGACCAGCUGGGUAGAACCAUGACCCACGAGCACCUGACCAUGACCUUUGAGUGCUGCUACUUCCCUCCGGCCCCGGGUGACGAGACCGUGGCCCAGGCACCCAUCCAGAUGAAGAACCUGUUCUGGCUGAAGCAGAACCCUUACAGCAGCCAUGAGAACCUGCUGCUGCUGCAGGAGACCAGUGCCGUGCGUGAAGAGCUGCAUGAGUACCGAAAGGAAGGAGGGGGAACCAUCGUAGAAAACACUACCCAGGGUAUCGCCCGGGAUCUGCCCUGCCUCAAACAGCUGGCCAAGGAUACGGGCGUCCACAUCAUAGGAGGGGCGGGGUACUAUGUGGAUGCCACACACUCUGAGGCCACCAGGAAGAUGACCGUGGAGAAGCUCACAGACAUCAUCAUCAGUGAGGUUCUCCACGGGGCGGAUGGGACCGAGAUACGCUGCGGUGUGAUUGGAGAGAUUGGCUGCAGCUGGCCAAUCACGGACAGUGAGAAGAAAGUGUUGCAAGCCACUGCACACGCUCAGACCGAGCUGGGCUGCCCAGUCAUCAUCCACCCGGGACGGAACCCUGGUGCACCGGCUGAGAUAGUCCGUCUCCUGCAGGAAGCUGGAGGUGACAUCAGCAAGACCGUUAUGUCACACCUGGAUAGGACCAUAUUUGACAAUGGAGACCUGCUGGAGUUUGCUAAGAUGGGGAGUUACCUGGAAUACGACCUGUUUGGAUCAGAGAUGCUGAACUAUGCCUAUAACCUGGAGGUGGACAUGCCCAGUGACAGCCAGAGAGUCAAGGCCUUGGCGUUCCUGGUCCAGGAGGGAUAUGAGGACAACAUCGUCAUCGCCCACGACAUCCACACCAAGAACCGUCUCACCAAGUACGGAGGCCAUGGCUACUCGCACAUCCUGAAGAACAUUGUGCCCAAGAUGCUGAUUAGAGGGAUCAACCAGACCCAGGUGGACAAGAUCCUCAUAGACAACCCUAAACGCUGGCUCACAUUCAAAUGAAGGAUCAGAAUCAGAUCACCCAGAGCAGAGAAAGGCUGCUCCAUAGGCCUUUAUCCUUUGCAUCAGCUAAAAAAAAAUAAAAAAAUACAGAUUUUAUAAAUGUUUUAUUACUUGCAAAUCACCAAAUGCAUUUGACGUCAGAAGUUGACACUUUAUUCUUGCUACUUAUCUGUGAUGUACUGAAUUAAAGUGUACUAUGGAGAAGUAAACAAGGAAAAAACCUUGGAUUGUUGAACACUAACAACGUUACUGAUAGUAACGUUGAAUAAAUUAUUUUAAUUUGUCCUGUAA